AUGGUCGACUCCCUCAGUAAGAUGGCUCAUUUCGUUCCCGCAAAGAAGUCAUUCACAGCAGCAGACACAGUGGAGCUCCUAGCCGACCGUCUUAUCCGCUAUCACGGUUUCCCAGAAGUGCUUAUCCCGGACCGCGACCCCCGUUUCCAAUCAGACCUUUGGAACCAGCUCUGUAGCCGCUUCAACAUCAAACGGUGCAUGUCCUCGCCCUACCAUCCCCAAAGCGACGGCCAAACCGAACGGGUGAACCGCACAUUGGAGCAGAUGCUGCGUACAUAUAUCAGAUCUGAUGAACGCGAGUGGGAGCGUUUGCUUCCAGCUUUGGAACUUGCAUACAACACAACAAGCCGUUCAUCCACAGAGCUCUCUCCUUUCGAGAUCAUGAUUGGCGAAAACCCCUUGACUGCGGCGGAACUCGAU